AUGGCGUCGGCGUCGGCCUCCACCGACGUCGCGUCCUCGCGCGAGGCGAGUCGCCAGGCCGGGAAGAAAGCGCUGGAGGAGUUCCGUAAGAAGAAGAAGAAGGCCGCGAAGAAGGCCACCGCCGCUGUAGUAGACCAGGCAGCGCCUGUGGUUCCCAGCGUAGUGGAGAACCCCCUGCCAAAUUCCAAUAAUGGUAACACCGGAGAGGGUUUGGUGUCUGCUUUGGACUCGAGCACACCAAGCACAUCAUCUGCGCCAUCUGCUUCCUAUGAGAAUGGCCCAACCACUUCUUCCAGAGUCACCGGAUUUCUGUCGAAUGGUCCUGUAGUUGCAGAUGCAUCAGCUAAUGUUACUACUGUUGCCCCCCUGCAAGAUUCUGUUGAUGACGGAGGGAGCAAGUUUUAUGGAAACUUGAGCUUUUCCGAUCUAGUUAAUGGGCAUCACGAUGAUUGGAGAGGCGAUACUGCCCGUAAAAGGGUAGAGCUCAGUCCUGGCAAGGAUGCCCCUUUAACAUCUAAAUUAAGUGCAUUUGGAAACACUGACAGUGGUUCCCAGUCUACUGAGGUCUUGUCAAAAUGGGGAGGAAAUUCUUUGUUGAGUCAAGUACAUGGUAUCGAGCAAUCCAGUUCAUUUUCAUCCGGCAACCUUCUUGGGAAGUCUGAAAGCACUUUCUCUCAGGAUUACUCCCCAGAAAAUGAUAUCUUCGGCCGCUCACGAGCUACCUCCAAAGACUCUUCCCAAGCAGGGCACUCUGCAUAUACCAGCAACCGGGACUAUGACAGUAUCUUUAGUAGUUCUAAGGUCGCUGAUGGUUUAGAUCAUGAUGCAAAUAUUGGAAUGCUUCGGAAUGCAUUAAAUUCCACAUCUGCUAAUUUUGAUAAACAGGAUCCUUUUCUGUCAACUGCUUAUCCAACUGCAUACAAUCGAUCUCGGCCAUCUUUUCUUGAUUCUAUUGGGGUACAAAGAGCUCUUCCAGCAGAAGCCCCGUACGUUGAACCUUCGAAAGCAAGCAAUAAGCUAUUCAGCAGUUCAAAUUCCGAGAGUUCUUCUGUUCAGCAGCCAAGCCAACAAUCCACACAAAACAAUGUCGUGGAUAAUUCUGUUAUAGCAGGGAGACAAGAGUAUAAUAGUGAAAAGGGGCCAUAUGGCAAUUCUAUACUUCCUGAUUCCUUGCCUUCCAAAGAUGAAAAAAGUCUGCAGUAUGGUAAUCAAAUGUUCCAAGAUUUCACAAGUCGUGAGAAAGAUGACGGUUUUGCAUCACUAGAGCAGCUCAUUGAAGAUUUGACAACAGAGAAGUUUUCGUUACAAAGGACUUUAGAGAAAUCUCAAGAACUAGCCCAAAAUUUGGCAACGGAUAACUCAGCAUUGACAGAUAAAUUCAACCAACAGGCACACGUUAUCAGCCAGUUGACCUCUGACAUGGAGAGGUUGCAGGAUGAAAUUCAAGCUCAACUGCUGGCACUUGAGACCAUCAGAUCGGAAUAUGCCAAUGCCCAACUAGAAUGCAAUGCUGCAGAUGAGAGGGGCAAAGUACUCGCAGCAGAAGUCAUUCUAUUGGAAGAUAAGGCUCUUAAACUGAGGUCAAAUGAGUUGAAACUUGAAAAGGAAGUGGAGGGUUUAAAUUCAGAGAUUUCUUCCUACAAACGCAAAGUUUCUAGUCUAGAGAAGGAACGUCAACAUCUUCAAUCUACUGUUGAGGCUCUUCAAGAAGAAAAGAAGCUCCUACACUCUAAAUUGAGAAACAUUCCUGUGAGUGAGAAGGUAAAUGUCAUAGAAAAACCAUCAGUCGACAAAAGAGAUGCAUCAACUGCGACGGAGGAUUUAGAUACAGGGGAAAGCAGCUCUUCACAAACACUGACCAGUACCAGUGACCCAUUACAAGAUGUUGGAACAUCUGUUUCACAGUUUAAUAAUAUGUCUGAUUUUCCUUCCUUCGGAGAGGCAUCUUCUAGCAUUCCAGACGAUCAGCUCAGAAUGAUUGACAACAUCAACUCCUUGAUGUCGGAGUUAGCAGUGGAGAGAGAAGAGCUAAUGCGGGCACUGAGAAUCGAGUCAUCCAACUGCUCCAAGCUGAAGGAGCUGAACAGGGAUCUAACACAAAAGCUGGAGACUCAGACACAGAGACUUGAGCUAUUGACUUCUGAAAGGAUGGCCAAUGAGAAUGUCCUUGCAAGACAGGUCGACACACACUUCAAUGAUGCAACAAUGUAUGCUGAUGAAGGGGACGAGGUUGUCGAAAGGGUGCUUGGCUGGAUAAUGAAGCUCUUCCCUGGAGGGCCAAAGCGUCGCACCAGCAAACUCAACUAG